ACUUACCACAGGCGGUGAUAUUCAGAGAUGCAAACCUCAGGCAUGCACUUGCACAUUUUGCAUGCAUCCAGUUGAGUUUGGCUGUGAUCUGCACACACAGGAGGAAGAGGAAGGUGAAGACAGACGCACCAGACCCAAAGGCGGGACUUCCCUUCGGCUGUUUAUCUUGGUGAGGGGCGCAAGGCGAGCCAGUGCACGGUCAGAUAACAAGGUUGUGUCAUCUCGGUGCACUAUGCUGCGACGAGGCUGCCGCCCUCUGCUCUGUCUGUGGGCUCUGCUGCCUCUGGUUUCCCUCCAUCGUUUGAACCAACAUGGCCACAGGCUCCACGCUGCGAAGGAACGUCCCAAGCUGCUGCUCGUAUCCUUCGACGGCUUCCGUUGGGACUACAUUGACCGCGUCCCCACGCCUAACUUCCUAGCCCUCAUGAAAGAGGGUGUGCAGGUGGAGCAGGUGGAGAACAUCUACAUCACUAAAACCUUCCCCAACCACUACAGCCUGGUGACGGGGCUGUACGCCGAGACGCACGGCAUCGUCGCCAAUGAGUUUUACGACCCCGCGCUGAACCUUUCCUUCUCCAUGGAGACGGACAGUGUUUAUGAUUCACGGUGGUGGGAGGAGGCGGUCCCUCUGUGGGUGACCGUUCAGAAAGCUGGAGGUCGGAGCGGCGCAGCGAUGUGGCCCGGGUCUGAUGUAAAGAUCCACGGCAUGUUCCCUUCUCAGUACCUUCCGUACAAUAUGUCAGUUCCAUUUGAAACCAGAGUGGAGCGCAUCAUCGAGUGGUUCUCCGCACCCAGAGAGGAAGCGGUGGAUUUUGGCGUCCUGUACUGGGAGGAGCCAGAUGAGAGCGGUCACAGGCUGGGCCCCGAGAGCUCCCUUAUGGACGUAGUCAUCGCUGGGAUCGAUGAGAAGCUCGGCUUUCUCAGGAACGAGCUGAGAAAGGCCGGGUUGUACGAGAAGGUCAAUCUCAUCGUGACCAGCGACCACGGGAUGACGCAGCUUUCCACUGAUAAGAUCAUAGAACUGGACGAGUAUGUGAGCAGGGACUUGUACACUUGGGUCGAUAAGAGUCCGGUGUUGGGAUUAAUUCCCAAAGAAGGGAAGUUUGAGGAGGUUUAUAGCAAACUGGUGGAUGCAAACCCGUACAUGGCUGUGUACAAGAAGGAAGACAUCCCUGAGCACUUCCAUUAUCAGCACAACAUCAGGAUCAUGCCCAUCCUCAUAGAGGCUCAGGAGGGGUGGACCAUUGUGCAGAACAGAACCAACCCUUUCAUGUUGGGAAACCACGGCUAUAACAACACCUUACGUAGCAUGCACCCCGUGUUUGUGGCCCGUGGACCGGCGUUUCGGCAGGACUUCGUCAAGCCCUCAAUGCACUCCGUCGACCUCUACCCCCUCAUGUGCCACAUCCUAUCGGUCCGCCCGUUACCAAACAACGGCUCCCUCUUAAACGUGAAGGACCUCCUUGCUCAGGAACCCACCGCUAUAUCCACACCUAGCCCUCCUAGGGUCAACGAAUAUUCCUACGCCCCCGUCAUAGGUUCUCUGAUUAGCGUCGUGAUGGUCCUGGGCUUCCUGGUGGUCUACAUUAAAGAAGUGACGCUCAAGCAGCUUCCAUCACUACCGCACGGAAGCAAGGAGAUGUCCCAACCGCUAUUGCAAGAGGACUUGCACCUGCACUUUCUGGAAAAACAGAGGGGUUGUGUGAGGCAGAUAUAAAAGAAGAGGAGGUAUGACUCCCCAAGGUAGUCUACUCUGUCCAGAAGCGUCCCCUGAACACAUCCUUCGUACCACUAAAUGCCACUGUGCCGCUCUUUUUAUCAGUUUGAGACCUGGGGAAUCUAAUCAAACCUCCUAAUCAUGUACGUUGUGUUUCCUUGUGUGUGAGGGAGGUGUUUGGGGUUUGCUUCUGGUGCAGGAUAAAAGAAGAUAGUAAACCUUUACAUUGGCUUUUAUAGUGGCUUUGCUUUGAUUGUGAUUUUUACUGAGUAUCAUCUCAUCAUUUUCAUUGUCACUUACAAAGAAUUGAAGCUAAGAGUAGAAUUUCGCGAGUGGUUUUGACAAAUAUGAAUCUUUGUUGGCAAAAAA